AAGUAAUCCCUAUCUAGGUCAUAGAACGGAAGUGAAACAUUUCAAGAUGGAGAGUUCACGUCUUGCGGUCUGUUUCCUGAUGCUGUUUGUUUUGCCAGUAAUUAAAUCUCAUGAAUGUAAACUGGGAUACUAUGGACACACAUGUGAGAAUAAGUGUGGGGAGUGCGUCGGUGGCCCGAUCUUUUGUGACCCUGGAAGUGGACAUUGUUAUAAUGGAUGUGCUUGGGGCUACAGAGGAAAGACAUGCACAGAAAAAUGUCCUCCUGGAACUUAUGGCGUCUCUUGCAGUAGUACAUGUUCCCCCAACUGCUUGGACCCGAUCUGUGACUUCAGGAGAGGCAACUGUACGCAACGUGGCUGUAAGGCUGGUUACAUGGGUAAAGACUGCACCAAAGCUUGCCCGGUGGGUUACUAUGGGGACAAGUGUGCGUCUCGUUGUGCCUGCGUUGAGGACUGCGGAUGUGACCAUGUCAAUGGCACCUGUUUCUCUCUAGAUCAAUGUCACACUCAUGACCCUAAGGCUAAGGCAGGUCAAUCCCGCUGGCAAAGAGCCGAGUCUAUAGAGAAGAGAGAGGCACAGCAAGAGACAAUUGGUCAACAGACAAACACUGUAAAAACACCACAGGGUCCAGCAGAUGACGAAGGAACGGCAGGCGAGACUAAAGAACGCGAAAGUGCAGGCACACAGAUGAUGUGCUCAAAGUUGGAGAAAGAGUUCUCUGAUUUAAAGGAGAAAUUAAAUAACAAAGUGGACAUCCCCCUGUGGCCACUCGUGGUAUUACUAGCCAUUAUCUCAAUCAUACUCAUUGCUAUUGGACUUUGGGACAUGCUACAGCAGUACAAACGUGAGGUCUACAUGGCGCAAUGGGAGAAAGAAAAUCUGGACAAGCCACUGGAAGAGGCUGCCCUAUUAGCCCAAUCGGUGGAUUGAUUCAAGUGCAGUCACACACUUGCUUGCUCUCUUAGCACUGACUGAUGAUAGAUUGAUGCUCUGUCCAUUGCUCAGCUUUGUUUAGGCACAGCCUGGUGAUGAAUUAAUGUGUCUCUUUAUCUCUAUACCUCUCUCUUUCUGUCUCUUUAUUUCUAUACUUCUCUCUCUCUCUCUCUCUCUUUCUACCUCUUUUAUAGACCUAUAGACCUCUUUCCAUCUCUCUCUCUCUGUCUGCAUUUUUCAUCUGUAUACCCCGCUCUCUCUCUUUCUCUCUCUGCCUCUCUCUAUACCGCGCUCUCUCUGCCUAUCUCUCUAUAUAUAGAUAUGACUCUUUUUUUCUCUCUAUGCCUAUCUUACUUUUACUCUCUAUGUCUCUCUUUCUAUGCCUUUCUCUUAUGCAUCUCUGUCUACGUCUCUCUCUCUCUCUCUCUCUCUGCCACUUUCUUUCUUUCUCAGUGUUCUUGUUUCUUUUGUUCAUCUUACCUGCCAUUUUCCUUCACUCUUCACUUGGACAGUUCACAUCUAAAUUCACAUCUGGAUCACUUCCUACGUGAGCCCAGUGAGUAGAUAAUCACGUGAUAACAGACUGCCCUACCACCCGCCAGUCUUGCUUGGUGAAUGAUUUGUCACCUGGGUACUUUCCUGACAUGAGAUCUGACCGUUUACUCUGUAGCACACCCUUGGAUAUAACUAUGUUGAGCUUUGUAUACUUAUUAUUUUAUUAUUUAGAAAUCAGAUUUAAUAAUUACAUAAAUUGCUUCAUUGUCUAUUAUUUGGGCUAUUAUUUGGGCUAUAAAAAAAAAGAGAACUCGCCGUUUAGUCUAAUUACCGAGUUAAUGGAAUGAGAUAUAAUCUGCACAGCUGGUGUGCAUUGCAGCUGGCUCCGGUGUUGGUGGAAUAAGUUUCCUUUACUUCAGUAAGCAGAAGUUGUCAGUAAAAGGGCCAAUCAAACCAUUUUUUUUUUUGUUAAUUGUAGGCUUGUUAAUAAGUUAACAUGUAAAAUAAACUUUUUGAUUAUGAAAAUGACGCUGUGUUUCUUAAUUAAACGUUCUAUUUGAUUACACA